AUGACAAUUGCAUUGGAUGAUAAUAAAGUUUGGAUAGACGGUUGUUUUGAUUUUACACACCAUGGUCAUUGUGGUGCAAUUUUACAAGCAAGACAGACUAUUAGAAAUGAAAAAAAUUCGAAUGGGAAGUUGUACUGUGGAGUUCACAAUGAUGAAGAGAUCGAAUAUAAUAAGGAUGCUAAACCUGUCAUGAAUUCUCUUGAAAGGUAUGAACAUACACGUAGUAAUAGAUGGUGUGAUGAAGUUAUUGAGAGUGCCCCAUAUGUUACAUCUCAAGAGGUUAUGGAUCAAUAUGGUUGCAAAUAUGUUGUCCAUGGCGAUGACAUCACAUUAACAGCUACUGGAGAGGAUUGCUAUCAGAAGAUGAAGGAUUUGAAUAGAUUUAGAGAAGUUAAAAGAACUAAAAACGUUAGUACCACUGAUAUUAUUGAUAGAAUUUUAAAUCCAAAUAAAUAUUUAGAGUUUAAUAUAUUGGAAGAGCCUACACUGGAAGAAUUGGAGCAAUUUGGCCGUGAUAAAACAGGACAUUUGCCAUAUUGUUAUGUUUUCAAGACCUCGAUAGAUGAAGAGAACAUAAUAUUAAAAGGUGGCUAUGAAUUAAACAAGAAUAAAAUCGUUAUAUGUGAAGGUGACUUUGAUUUAUUUAAUGUCAGUGAUAUCGAAAGGCUACGAUUAUUAAAGGACCAAAAUCCCAAAGAGACUAAAAUAAUUGUCAGCAUUAAUGUCAGGGAGGACAAAACUCAUUAUAUGAGUUUGAAAGAACGUAUGUUAAGCAUUAUGAGUUGUAAGUACGUCGAUGGUAUUUUGAUCAAUGACGACAAGAGAAAGUAUCAAGAAAUCACAAGAUAUAAUAUAAAUGAUAUUGGUUGUGAUAGUGAUGAUAACAAUUGUAAGAAAUUUAAUUACCUGACUAAAGAGUUGAUAGUUGAAAGAAUCAAUGAUCAAAGAGAAAGAUAUAUUAAACGUAACAUUAAAAAGGGUAUCGUUAAUUAA